CCCGGUGAGCCGGGGCCUUCCGGUCACGUGGCCUGUCAUGGCCGCCUCCACGGCCCGUGGCGGUGUGAGCGCGCGGUCCCUGCUGCGGGCGGCCGGGGGCUCCUGGGGGCUGCGGACCGGGCGGUGGGCGAUGGGAUCCAGAACCAUCCGGACCACAGGCGCGCACCGCGCAGCUGAGGACCAGGACUGCGGCCCCGAGCAGCCGCGACCCGCAGUGAACGUAGUGUUCGUGGACCGCUCCGGCAGACGCAUCCCAGUGACAGGCAGAGUUGGCGACAAUGUUCUGCACCUGGCCCAGCGCCACGGGGUGGACCUGGAAGGGGCCUGCGAAGCCUCCCUUGCGUGUUCCACCUGUCAUCUGUACGUGAGUGAAGCCCACCUGGAUCUCCUACCUCCUCCAGAGGAGAGGGAGGACGACAUGUUGGACAUGGCCCCAUUGCUCCAGGAGAACUCAAGGCUGGGCUGCCAGAUCGUGCUGACCCCAGAACUAGAAGGGGUUGAGUUCACCCUACCCAAGGUCACCAGGAACUUCUACGUGGAUGGCCAUGUCCCCAAGUCUCACUGAAAUGGGGCCACUGGAGCCACCACCAGGGCCUUUCCACCCUAACCCCUACCCCUGGGCCCCAGAUCUUAGAAGAGCCAGGAUUCCAGCCCCAGAACACACACAGAGGUGUUGGAAUCACUGUGAGAGACCAGAGCCCCAGCUUGAGAGACAGCCAGGGUUUAAGCUUGGAUGGCGACAGGGUCUCCUCCCUGGGGUGAGUCCACCCAGUGCAAAAGGUAGACUGUUAACUAGAGAUGGACUCACAUCAGAGCUGCAAUAAAAUGUCAUGCAGACCA